AGGAGUGGACUGAACAGCUGAUCCCGAAAACAAACCAGUGUUUCCGUGACGCAAAAAAAAAAAAAAAAAAAAAAAAAAAACACGAUACUAAAUCACAAGAGCACAUUUUAGAUCAAGUAUUGGAAAAAUAAGAACUCGAAACAUGUAAGUAAGACUGAGGAGAGUGGCAUAAGAAGUGACUUAAAGCGUAACAGGACAGGAGAGGAGGAGGAGGAAGGGCCACGACCGAUAUCUGCUCUCGUCCUUUGCCUACCGUCACUGGCACUGUCGCCACCACACAAGAAGAAUAAGACAGACACACGUGCACCAGGAAGGGAGGAGUGUGCUGGGUGGGCAGUAAUGCAGCCUUGCCUACUCACCCUACGGCUCGUCAGCAGAUUCAUCAGGUGUUCAAGAUGGUGUGCAGUGAGGAGAGAUGACCAAUACAGCAGGAGGUGGUCAUCCUCGGGAAGCGACAAGCAGCUGUCACAAGGCAUUGAGAGUGUGGCCUCUUAUAUAAAGCAGCAGGCAAGCAACAUUCUGGUGAUGGUCGGUGCAGGCAUGAGCACACCCUCAGGGAUUCCUGACUUUAGGUCUCCAGGGACUGGCCUGUAUGACAACCUGCAGAAGUAUGAUCUGCCAUACCCUGAGGCUAUUUUUGACAUCCACUACUUUAUGAUGGACCCUCGCCCUUUCUUUACCUUGGCUCAGGACCUGUACCCAGGAGUUAACUACAAGCCCAACAUUGCUCACCACUUCCUGAGGUUGCUGCAUGAGGAGGGCAAGCUGCAGAUGGUCUACACACAGAACAUUGAUGGUCUGGAAAGAUUGGCUGGAAUACCUGAAGAGAAACUUGUUGAAGCUCACGGCUCCUUUGCGACAGCUUCCUGCACGCUGUGUGGCAGGCGACAUGAUGCAGGCCGAGUGAAGAAAGCAGUAGUGGAGGGAGACGUGCCAGUGAUGUGUGAGGCAGCCAAGUGUAAGGGCAAAGUGAAGCCAGACAUUGUGUUCUUUGGUGAGAAUCUUCCCUCAGUGUUUUGGGACUACCAUCUGCAGGUUCCCUUCACCGACCUGCUGCUGGUGAUGGGCACGUCCCUCGAGGUGUACCCUUUUGCCAAGAUAGCUGAUGAGGUGGGCCGCAAGACACCUAGGGUUCUCAUCAACCUGAGUGCGGUGGGAAGCUUUGGCUCUCGGGACAAUGACACGGUGUUAGGGGGAGAUCUUGUGCAGACUGUGGAGGAACUGACAAAGGCUCUUGGAUGGGAGGAGAAACUGAGAGCCCUUGAGAAAAAUUACAGUUUACAGAGUGGUAAUGAAGAAUGAUUUUCCUUUAGGGUUGUUAAUUUCAGGAUAUAAAUUGUUUGUAUAUUAAAAUUUUAUGAAUGAUAUUACUGAUAUUUUGUAAAUUGAAAUUUGUACAUAUUUUCUUAAUUGUUUGAUAAUAAGCAUAAUUAUUUUAUUUUUAUGUAAUACAAUGUUUCUGGUUGAUAAA